AUGGGCGCCGGUUUCUCGAAAAGCAACUCCGUGUGGCUGCAGACUGACAAGCCGGUGUAUCAUGAUGGCGAGUUUGUGCAGGGGUUGGUGUGCUUGAACAUCGUGAAGCCUGUUACUAUCACGAGCAUCGAUUGCCAGCUGCAAGGCCACGAGCGCACGUACUGGACGGAGACGCAUGAGACCGGCACGGGCAGCCACCGCAGGACGCACACGGAGCACCACGGCGGCAUGGUGCAGCUGCUCAAUGUGACGCACCCGCUGGCGCUGCUCAGGAGUGAUCUGGAGCCGGGGCAGUACCAGUGGCAGGUGGCGUUUGGCCUGCCGCAGGGCCUGCCCUCCUCCUUCAAGGUCGGAUCGGCCUCCGAGGGGGCGGAGGUGACCUGUGAGUAG